CGUCUGAGGAUCCGUGACCCGGCUCUGUGCUCAGCCAUGUGAUAUCCAGUCCAUCGGUCCUACACAAACACUGCACAGCCGGUAGCGCCCAACGAGCUGCGCGCACUCAUCUGCACGUUUAGAACUGGUAGCGGCGGCUCAACAAGUAUGGACCAGAACCAGACUGGCAGCACCGGGGCGGCGCCAGUCAAUCCUCCCCUUCAGCACUGGUCAGCCAGCUUCACUCAAAGCCCAGACGCCCACGACGUUCUGAGCGUUUCAUCCUUGGUUCCUUCUACAGUGCACAUGAUUUUACCCCCAUCCUACAAGAACAUAUACCCGACACUUCCCUCACUUACUGAAGUAGCAUCAGAGCCUCAACUUCCAAAGAGUCCGUUCUCUUCCUCUGGAGCCUCGGAGGCGCAUGGUCAAAAUAGCCAGACUUCAGCACUUCCUUGUAGCAAUAAUCCCCAUGAGGUUCAGCAGAGGAACGCGUCAGAUGGGCGUCCGCUGGAGGACGGACAGGUGGAUCUCAGUGUUCCCGGUGUUCUGCCUGAUGCAAAGCCAGACUCUCGGACCUGCUCCUGUCAUGACCUGUGUUUCAUUCUGACCUGCUUUAUAUUCACCACGUUGCUCAUCGUCGCCAUGCUGCUGGUGGUCAGGUUCCUGGUGGUGCCGUAUCUUUUCAACAGAUCGCCCUGCACUGUGAACGGGACCUGCUUUGCUCAGACAGAGGCGCCUCCACUCAGUAACAGUCCUAUGAACCAGACGGGGAACUUCACUGCAGACUGUCGAGCUCUGAUUGGAGAUGGACGGCGUAUUGUUGGCGGCUCAGCGGCCCAGAAGGGGGCGUGGGGCUGGCAGGUCAGCAUGCAGUGGAAGGGAAGCCACGUGUGUGGGGGCUCCAUCGUCUCCCCAUCCUGGGUCCUCACCGCAGCUCACUGCUUUGUUGAAUACAACAUGCUUGAAGCGGCUGACUGGACGGUGGUGGUGGGCACGAUCAGCCUCACUGACACCUCUCAGGGGAAGAUCUACAGGGUCCUGCAGGUGCUCUACCACCCCAGCUACGACCCAGACUCCAACGACUACGACGUGGGCCUGCUGCGCACCGUCACCGACAUGCACAUGAGCGGAGCAGUGUGUCCAGUCUGUCUACCGAGCCCUCAAGACUCCUUCUCUGCUGGAGCAAGUUGCUGGAUCACAGGCUGGGGAUCUGUUCACGAAGGAGGCAGUGCAUCAAAAGAGCUACAACAGGCUCAGAUAACGAUAAUAGCGCAAUCCACCUGCUCCCUGCCAAGUGUCUAUGGCUUGAGCAUCACCCCCCGCAUGAUUUGUGCCGGCUCCAUGAGCGGAGGGGUGGACUCCUGCCAGGGAGACAGCGGCGGACCCUUGGUGUGUGAAACAGCCACUGGGAUGUGGAAGCUGGCAGGACUGGUGAGCUGGGGGGAGGGCUGUGGGCGGCCCAAUAAACCCGGCGUCUACAGCAGAGUCACCCAGUUGAUCCAGUGGGUUGAGGGGUAUAUAAAGGCAUAAAGUGAGCGGUGGUCCUGUCUUUAUUUAUAUUCUUAAUGUCUUUUCAUUGAGAAAUAAAUGUGAGUCAGUGCAAUAUUUUGACCAAACACACACAAUACUGAAGAAUGACGAUAAAAACAUUACCAGUCUCACAUUCAGGUUCGCGUUGUGACUUCAU